AUGCGUGAUGCCGAUGGAAAUUCGAUUGUCUUUCAAGCAUGUUUUGUUGAAUUUCCAUUGUUUAGAUUUGGCCUUGUAAGCCAUUGUUUGAAAAAGAAAAACAAGAAAUUGAUGCAUCUCUCAUGGCCAACGAAUCUAUUCAUAUGUUUUCUACUAAGUCUUUUCAUCGCAAUCAACGCGGAUUUGGAGUAUCCGGAAGAUUAUAUUGAUAAGACGACACGUAAAAUUGACCAAUCUAAAACACGAAAAAUGUUGCAUCAUGAUGUUCCGGGUUAUGAUCACGGUCCUGAAAUCUACAGUGAUGAAUCAAAUGAGGAUAGUGAAGGCUUGCCGCAGACAGCUAUUUCAACUAGUACAACAACAAAAACCACUACAACUGAAUAUGAAAUAACAGAAGCUUAUGGAACAUUAUCAACAACAGAUUUUGCAGAACUGAUACCUGACCUGUCAAUAGUAACGGGAGAUUCUGUAGAGAUUGACGCGUAUCUCCGAAGAACAAAUAGAGAACGAUUGAUGCUGAAAAUCUUUGCGAUUGUGAUGAUAACCGCAAUGAUCAGUUUAACCAUCAUUUUACUAACACUUUUUUGUAUUCGAAAGAAACGUCGUUAUGAUGGUUACAAUCUUCCACAAAAUCAACCUUCAUCAAAAGCAUAA